AUGCAGAACAGUCAUCCACCUGAAGAUUCUAAUUGCCUGGACGAAGUUUGGCAACCACGUAAUCAAACCGUCUCAGAAAUUUCUAAACAUUCUUUAACAACUCGACCUACAGGAAUCAUAAAUAGAACUUCAAGUUCAUCCUUCACUUCGAAUGGUUUACUGAUCGAUAGAGUUUCUUCUCUGCCUGUUGCUGAAGAUAAUAUAUCAACAAACCAAGAUAGGACCACUGAAAGCUUGCAGAAGUCGAGAAAUUUGCGACAAAGCUUACGAUCAUUUCUACGCAAAGCUACUAGUCUGAAAGAAUCUCGAUCGAAUCUAAAUAUCGAAUGUUCUGUUAUUGGUCUCGAUGGAAAAUGUUUUAGGUUUAGUUUAUAUAAAUUCGCUUUUGGACGUGAGCUCUUCGAUUUGGUAUGUCAGUCUCUGGAAUUAGAAGAGUCACAGUAUUUUGGUUUGGUUUACUAUUUAAACCGUUCAGCUACUAGAAACUCUGUGAUGGGAACACAUGGUGAUGGACAAGAUAGUUCUGAUGCAUCGUUUCGUCUUUCAUCGUCUUCGAUUGAUGAAUCUUACUUAACUAAAUUUUGUGGUUUUCCUAUGAACAACCCGUUUAAUCCUUGUAAAAUGUACUCAAAUGAUACGACAUAUCCUGGAUUUAAUCCGUUUUUUAUUGAUGUUCCUUUUUGGUUAGAUGUAGAAAAAAGAAUCACGGAUCAAUGUCACGGUUCUAAAUUGACAUUUUACUUUCAAGUAAAAUUCUAUCCACAACACCCUGAUCUCGUUUUUGAAUGCCCUAAGUCCAGAUAUCAAUUUUGCCUUCAGUUAAGACAGCAUUUAAGUAUUGGACGACUCUUAUGCUCAUUUGAAACCCACGUAAUAUUGGGAGCAUUAAUAGCUCAAAUGGAUCUAGGUAAUGCUGUGAAACAUCGAAGAUCUCGCAGUGGUCAUUCAAGUUGUCGAUCUAAUCCUUAUGUUGAAUCAACAUCACAUAAUUUUUCACGUCAACAGUCGAUUUCACCAGCUCGAAGUUUUUCAUCUGAACGUAGAUGUAGUUUAGCUCAACCUGAGCAUAGUGAUGAUAGUAUUAUAUGGGAUUCACGCGUUGAUGAUAAGUGCAAUAAAGAUAAACCUUGUUCAUCUUCUGUUAGAAAUAAAUCCAACACAUACAAUCAUAUUGGUUGUAGUUGUUCUACACAACAGAUAGAUAAUAUCAGUAUUAUGUAUUUACAAUGUUUACCUCAUUUAGCCAGAGGAUCUGUUACGUCAUCAUCGAUUCAUCAUAGUACAAAUGAUAUAUCGAACAGUAGUAGACCAAGUUUAUUGUCAUCUACAUUAAAUAACAUUGAAGAUGUUCUGUUAUCACCAGUAAAGCAAACUUUUAGUCCUGGAUGGCCUUACCCAAAGUCCGAUUGUCGUUAUUGUCCUGUGCUUUUAUCACGUAUUGCUCGAUUACAUCGAAAUCUUAGGGGCAUGUCACAAAAAGAUGCAGAAAUAUCGUUUUUAAAAAAUGUAAAGAAAUUAUCAUUUUAUGGUGUUGAAUUACAUCCAAUAAAGAAAUUUCAGUCUAGUUAUAUUUCAUCUGGUUCAUUUAAAAAUAUAACAAAGAGAUUGUCUAAUUCAUUGUCUACUCGUUCUCGAACUGCUUCCGUUGAAUCUUAUCAUAAUUUCGUUGAUACUUCAAGUACUGGUUCUAAUCAGUUGCUUAACUCAAACAGAACACAAAAUUUCUUAUCUAUAUCUGGUUUGAAAUCAUCCCUACGACGAAUAUUUAAUGUCAGAUCUGAAGAUCAACCAUUAUUUCCUUUUGCAUUUGAUGAUUUUCCUAAUUUCGAUUUUUCACUGGGAGUAUAUUAUGCUGGUUUAUUUUUACAAUGGGGUCAUUUACGUUUAUCACAUUAUAAAUGGUCUCGAAUUGUGAAAAUAUGCUUUCAUUUAGAUGAAUUUACUUUAGUUGUAAAAACCAAUCAAACUAAAUCAUCAUCAAGUCCUCGUAUUUUACUGAAGUGUAAAUUUGCUUUUCAAAAACUAGCCAGACGUUUCUAUAGAGCAUGUGUUGAACAUCAUAUGUUUUUUAAAGUUCAUUGCAAACACCUUUUAGUGUCAAAUCAUAAUAAACAAGAAUCUUUAAAACCUGAGCCUAUUGUUUUACCUGUAAAUCAGGCAAUACAUGUAAAUAAGGAAUUAUUAAAUAAUGCUUCAGUAUCUAUUAAUGGACCAUUUAGUACUAAACUAUUACCUGUGCAUAAUUUACAAUCACCUAAACUACCAACUACACCUACACGAUCAGAAUGUGAACUGGAUCAUGUACAUUUAUCAAACCCUCAAAUUAAUAAUUCUGAGUUUCCGGAAUAUGCUGAACAACCUGUACAUACUUUGCAAACCGAUUUGAAAUCUCAAACGAAUGUGGAUUCACUUAAGAAAACUUAUUCAAAUACUCAUUUAUUGUUACCAUGUACUUCAAAUGAACCGCUUACACGAAGUGGUUCAUUGAAUCAUUUAGAUAAUUAUUCCAUUGUUCAUAUUGCUAGUCCAAUUGAAUGUUCUAGUCGAUUAGAUAUUUUAAAUUCAUCUGUUGUUAAUGAUGCUGAUGAUGAUGUGAAUGCGGAUGAGGAUAAUAUUGGUUAUGGUAAUGAUGAUGAAUGUAUUAUACCGACAAAUAGUCAAAAUUCCGUUUCUAUCGAUUGUUUAUGUCAUAUAACAUCAACUCCAACGGAUAAACAUACAUCAUUUAAUAUCAAUGAGAGUCCCAUUAUUGAUCCAGUGCCCAUACAUUCUGAAGAUCCAAAGUUCAUACCAUCUACGGAUGAUACUUUUCAAGCUCUUCUUACUUGUGAUAUCCCUAGUCUACUGCCUACCUUUAUUCCUAUAAAUUGUGCCUUGACAAAUCCAAACGAAGAAUAUCUACCCAUUGAUAAAAUUAACUGCUUACCGCCUGUGCAGCAUAUUUCCAAUGAUUUUUCACAGAUUGAAUUGAUCAAACCAACAAAUUCAUUAUGGUGUUAUCAUCUAUUUCCAUCAUGCAUUGAUUUGAAUUCAUUGAACAAAAUUAUUACACCGUCAUAUUCAUCGCUUAUUUCUUCGAAUGGUGAAAUUAUUCGUUUAAAUCCUGACGCAAAUAAUGAUAAUAACGAUAAUAAUAUGCCUAAUUCUUCCUCUUCUCUUGUUCCAUAUGAUUUUUUUCAUUUGAAUCCAAUUGAAAAGCCGCCUGAAUAUUAUUCCAUACCGAUUGUUCGAACACGUACCAUUCGAUUUAUUCAUGAUUAUACACCGAUUCAAAUUAACGAAUAUAAAACAUUGAAACAUUCACAAAUUCAUAUUGUACAAGGUACUGCUGAUAUACCAUUAGUUUCAACUAAAUCAUUUUAUCAUCAGUAG